CGUGGUGUUGGCGUGCCCCAAAUUCAGUUCGCUGCGUUCUGCAGGCGACAGACGUCCGUCCGUCUCCAUUUCUCUCUCUCUCUCUCUCUGUCUCCUUCAAAACUACGCCGUUUUCUCCUCAUUCAGCACCUCGUCACACACUCAUUACCUUCUUUCCUCCUCAAUCGAGGUUAUUUUAUAGGCCACUGUGUUUAAUAUAUGUCAAGAACACGUCUGGUGAAAAAUCGAGGAAAUAUUGGUUGAUUUAUAUACGUAUAGAUAAGAAGUUCUUUUUGAAGGUAUUUUUAGCAAAUGCUGGUAGUUGAUGGCUUCUCCAGAUCUUGAUUCUUAUUGGCUAUCAUCUUCCCGAGAGUCUUUAUGUGGAUCAUUCAAUGUGCACAUCGAAGAAGAAACGAGUGCAGAUCAUAUUUUACCUGAAAUGGAAGCUACAACUUCCUCCAUGUCUUAUAAUCAUAAUAUCCCUAAAUCACCUCCUCCCCCUAAUAAAACCAGUUUGAGCACCAAACAUCCUCACAGAUCUUCAAAGUUUAGUUUUGUCCCCAAGGAAACAAAAGAUACAUGGGACAGGCUUUUCAAGGAAGGAUUUGGUGCAGAUGUCUAUAUUAUAACCGAAGAUGGAGACUGUAUUCCAGCUCAUUCAAGUAUUCUUAGUGUUGCAUCACCAGUGUUAGGAAGCUUUCUGUGCCAAGCAAAAGUUAGAAACGGAAUCAGAUGCAUCAAAAUUCCCGGGGUACCUCAUGGAGCUGCUGUUGCAUUCAUUCGUUUCCUAUACUCAUCCUGCUAUGAAGAGGAAGAGAUGGACAAGUUUGUUCUCCAUCUACUGGUUCUAUCGCAUUCCUACUCGAUUCCAUCACUGAAAAGAGUAUGUACACACAUUCUGGAGAAUGGAUGGCACAAAGACAACGUGAUAGAUGUGCUUCAGUUGGCGAAGAGUUGUGAUGCACCAAGGCUGUCCUUGAUUUGUGUUCGUAUGAUUGUGACGGACUUCAAAUCUAUAUCUUCAACGGAAGGUUGGAAAGUAAUGAAGCGUGUGAACCCUGGACUCGAACAAGAGCUCGUAGAGUCCAUUGUUGAAGCAGAUACUCAAAAACAAGAGAGGCAAAGGAAAAUAGAGGAGAAGAAGGUGUAUUUGCAACUGCAUGAAGCAAUGGAGGCCCUCCUUCACAUAUGCAGGGAUGGCUGCAGGACAAUUGGUCCUCGUGAUAAAGUACUUAAAGGGAGUCAGGUCGCCUGCCAUUUUCCGGCUUGCAAAGGGCUUGAAGCUUUAGUUCGUCAUUUCUCCAACUGUAAGGGUCGAGUCCCUGGUGGAUGUGUUCACUGCAAGCGCAUGUGGCAGCUUCUUGAACUUCAUUCUCGAAUGUGCAACCAACCUGAUUCUUGCAAGGUCCCUCUUUGUCGACAUUUCAAGGAGAAAAUGCAGCAGCAAAGCAAGAAAGAUGAAGCAAAAUGGAGACUGUUGGUGAGCAAAGUUACAGCUGCAAAGAAUGCCCUCGGACCAUUCUCAACCCGGGACUCGGGUUUAUUGUUAUAUUAAUUCAAUAUGCUCACCACAUGAUCAGAUAGUUGGUGUUCCAGGUUAUCAAAUAAUUGGAACUGUAGAAGUGGCAAUAAUAGGAAAAUCAUAGCAGUUACUUUGAUAAACACAGCAGUAUCUUUGCUUUGUUUUUGUUGUUUUUUUGUUGAAAAUGAAGUUGGGAUAAUGCGAAAAUGAUCAAGAAGCCAUCUUGGUUCAGCAUUUGGCUUGGAAUAUAAGUGAGAAAUCCACGGUGAAACAAAGUCUCUUGUAGUUGA